AUGACCGACUACUUUGCCCCGAAUGCACUUUUCACUGACCAUUUUCGCCGACGUAUUCGGAUGCGCGAGACUGUCUUCGAUCGUUUGUACCAUGGUGUUCGGUCCUAUGAUGACUACUUCGUCUUGAAGAAGGACGACGUGGGAACGAUUGGCUUCUCUAGUUACCAAGAGUGCACGGCCGCACUACGAAUGCUUGCAUAUGGCAUUGUUGCUGAUUCAUGGGACAAAUACCUAGGAAUAUCUGAGAGCACAUGCGGUGAUGCCAUGGUCAGAUUUGCAACUGCCAUGGUCGAGUUGUUCGGAGCUCAGUACCUAAAAGAACCAAUUGUGGCAGACACCAAGACUCUUGGCAAUCUCAGAAGCAAGAGGGUGGCCAGGUUUGCUUGGAUUUCUUGA